UCACAAAACCAACAACAGGGCUAAGAUAGCUAACAUUUUAAUAUUGAUUCAGGAAACCAGCAGGAGAAAUUACUUCUGAAUCUUAAUGAAAAUCUUAGUGAUCUGUUGUAAUUGUAUUGUACAUUUCUGAGAACACACCUUCAGAAAGACACUGUGUAAAACGGACUGGCGAAAACUACUAGGGUGCAACACACAUUUGGAUUUCCAUUAUUUUUAUACAAACAGGAACUACAACAUGGUGUCUGGUAUCCGGAAGCGCAUCCGAGACCACUUGCUUCAGCAAAGAAUCUGCAGAUCCCGGCUGGUGACCAAAGAUGGCCGCUGUAACAUUGAAUUCGGCAACAUGAAGUACGGCAACCAUUUUGCCUACCUCAUGGACUUCUGGACGACCUUUGUGGAUUUGCGCUGGCGCUUUGUCCUAUUUUUCUUCAUUGCGUCCUUCACACUGAGCUGGUUCUUCUUUGGCCUGCUGUGGUUCUGGGUCGCGUGGAGCAAUGGAGACCUGACGUGGCAGAAUCCCUCCUUGGACCACCUUUACUGUGUUGACAAUGUCAACAACCUAACAACAGCCUUCCUCUUCUCUGUUGAGACCCAGACCGCCAUUGGCUAUGGUAUACGUGUCAUCACACCUCUCUGUCCUAGUGCUAUUGCUCUACUCAUGAUCCAGUUUGUCAUUGGGUGCAUUAUCAACUGCUUCCUUUGUGGAGUGAUCCUGGCAAAGAUCUCACGUUCCAAGAAAAGGGCAAAGACCAUCACCUUCACUAAGAUGGCUGUCAUUUGUCCUAAGAAGGACUUCCUUUGGCUCAUGAUAAGAGUGGCUAACUUACGCAAAACCCUAAUGAUUGGGAGCCAGAUCUACGGCAAGCUGUUAAGGACAACAAUCACACCAGAUGGAGAGACAAUCAUCAUGGAUCAGGUGAACAUUGAGUUCAUGGUGGAUGCUGGGAAGGACAACCUUUUCUUUGUGUGUCCUCUCACACUCUACCAUGUUAUUGACAAGUCUAGUCCAUUCUUUGAGAUGGCAGUGGACACCCUCCAAAAUCAGGAGUUUGAGCUGGUGGUCUUUCUGGAUGGCACUGCCGAGUCCACCAGUUCUACCUGCCAGGUCAGAACUUCUUUCAUCCCUCAGGAGAUUAUGUGGGGUUACAACUUCAUGCCCAUCAUCUCCCGCAGUAAAGAGGGCAAAUACAGAGUGGAUUUCUCCAACUUCUCCACGGUCGUGCCUGUGGCCACUGCCCACUGUCCCUAUUGCUUCCACAACAUUGGGCACCACCUUUGCUCACCCUCUCCAGCUAAUGGAAUUGACAACGGGGGAUUUGAACACAUUGAUAUUCUAGAAUGAACUAUUUGUUCUUUUAGAGGCAAUUAUUUGCCAUUAGGAAUUGAAGACGUUUGAGGUUUUAGUAGACCUAUAAGGUUUUAAAUAAACUAACAUUUCAGAUUGUAGUGACUUAUUAAUAGUUUCAUGUUGUGGAAGGUCUUAUUCUAUAUUAAUAAAUCAAAUAGAGGUUCAGGAUAUAAAAAAGUGAUUCACAAACUCUUUCUAUUCGCUCUCUAAUCCUGUUCCUGAAAUGUUCCUAUAGGUUUGUCCUCCAACCCCAAUCUAACACACUUGAUACUAAUAAUUAACUGGUUGAUAAUCUGGAUCUGAUUACCGGCCUCCAGGUCUCCAAUAACAGGUUAUGAAGAUGAAAUCUCUAUUUAUAAAAUGGAUGACUAAGGCACAGACAUCAAAUUCAAAAGGAGAGUGCCUGUACUUGCUUUUCUGACCAGCCUACAUGGGAAACCUGCUUGUUUGUCAGUCACACUGACUUCUAUCAAGCAUUAAGGAAGCAUAUGGCAAUUCUGCAAAAACGUCAUUAUAUAUUUCUUUACUUCUGUACUAUAAUCCAAUCCAAUAAUGACUUGACCCACUCUCUGGACUGGUUGGGUCAGGAGGUGUGGCAGGUUUUCUCUGAGCUGCCCCUGGAUCAUGGAUCAUGGAAUACCAUCAUGGAUCAUGGAAUACCCUCCAGGCAACCUUAACAUUACGUUUGCUGAUCUCCCUCAAUCAAUUUGGAUAACUUAAUGCAUUUUUAAUAAUUGUAUAUGUACUUUUGUUGUCUUUUAAAUUGUAUUAAUAUUGUA